GCUAGCGGCUGAAGCGGGGCGACGUGGGAGAGGGCGAGGAAGAAAUGGCGGAGGAUCGCAGGCCUCGAGCCAUUUUUAUGGCGUUCGGUACCAGAGGCGACGUCUUUCCCAUCGCCGCGAUCGCUGCCGCUUUUGCUUGUGACCAACAACAGUAUCAUGUUGUGUUGAUUACCCAUCUUGCUCAUCAGAGUUUAAGCGAACAUCUGGCAGCUAAGAAUGUCGCCUACAUCCCAGUGUCCUCACCCCCUGUACUUUCGGUUCAUCAAUUUGGUUCUGAGCAGAUGCCGUUUUCCAUGCACAAAAAGAGGAUUCAGGCAGAGCACAGGCAACAGUGUCUCUCUGUGGUUGAAAGAGUUCUUGGAGAUUAUCCAAGCAUGAAGGAUGAUUUUAUUGUGAUAAAUUUCUUUGCAUUGGAAGGAUGGCAUCUUGCUGAAAUGUUUCAAAUUCGAUGUGUUAUUGCUUCUCCUUAUGUCGUUCCAUAUAGUGCUCCUUCAUCAUUUGAACGUCGAUUCAAGCAAGAGCUCCCAUGUCUCUACAAUUAUUUUCAAGAAUCUUCUCCUAACACGGUUAAUUGGAAGGAUGUUGUCCACUGGAUGUGGCCGCUUUUCACGGAAGAUUGGGGGAGAUGGAGAAGUGAGUACUUAAAGCUGAGUCCUAUUCCUUUUAUGGAUCCGGUGACGAAUCUUCCGGUGUGGCAUAUGCAUGCAGGUUCGCCAAUAUUACUGUAUGGAUUCAGCAAGGAAAUUGUGGAGUGCCCAGGUUACUGGCCACUAAAUAUUCAUGUUUGCGGUUUUUGGUUUCUUCCUUUGGAGUGGCAAUUUUCAUGCAACAAAUGUAGGGACAUAAUGUCUGCAAGUCCUAAUGGCUCUAUGACUGGAAUGAGCGAACUGUGCACAAUUCAUGCUGAUAUACAGCAGUUCCUAAUGAAAAGCUCUCAUCCACAGUUACCACUAUUCAUUGGGCUAAGUUCUAUCGGAAGCAUGGGCUUUCUUAAAAAUCCCCAUGCAUUUCUUAGGGUGCUCAAAGCUGUUCUAGAUGUCACAGAGCACAGAUUUAUCCUCUUCUCAUCUGGAUAUGAACCAUUAGACGCUGCCAUACAAUCAAUUUCCUGUGAAUCAUCAAACAGAGCAAAUCCUCCACCCAGCAAUAUACAUGGCACUCUCCUAUUCAGUGACCGGCUUUAUUGCUUUUCUGGUUCGAUACCUUAUAGCUGGCUCUUCUCUAAAUGUGCAGUUGCAAUUCAUCAUGGAGGCAGUGGAUCAACUGCUGCAGCACUACAUGCUGGAAUUCCUCAGAUUCUCUGUCCCUUCAUACUGGAUCAGUUCUAUUGGGCAGAAAGGCUUCACUGGAUAGGAGUUGCACCCGAGCCGCUACGAAGUUGGCAUCUGUUUCCAGACAACGACGAUGCUACAAGCAUCAGCCAGGCUGCAGAUUGCCUGGCAAGGGCCAUAAAAUUGUCAUUAUCUCCUGAGAUAAAAGCACAAGCAUCUAAAGUUGCUGAUAGAAUCUCCUCCGAGGAUGGUUUGCAAGAGGCCCUGAAAGUUCUCAAGGAAAGGGUGCUUUGCCCUUGUUAGGUGUCGAAUGACCUAAAUCGGCUGCAUCACUGCAAAAUAUACCAGCAAAAGUAUAUGACAUGAAUGAAGGUGCUAAUGGCUUCGAGCUUUCAAUCUUCGCAGCGGAUGCUAGAAAUACGUGCAACAGGUGUUUGUGGCUGGCUGUCUACCGAUAACACAGUAUGCAUUGAGGCGAAAAGCCUUACCGCCCUUGGCAGCAAGCGUAAGGCCAUUGUGUGUCGAAUGCAGGUCUUGUUAUGCUGGAAAAUGUGAUUGAUACCGCGUCAUGGCAGUGCCUCGCCUUCACAAGAACUGCUGGUGUUUUUAUUACGAAAACAUGAAAUUGAACAUAUUUAUUAUUUAUUGAUUUCCCUCCUAAAGAACAUGGCUUGUAGAUGAGAAACGUGACUUCCCACGUUCUCAUGCCGUGACUGAAUGUGAUGUGUUGGUGACUCCACGCAUUUUCAUGUGCCUUUAAAUCUAUUCGUACCUCUUUCCCUAAUUGUUGGGGGGUAUCAA